CCCACCCUUCGUGUCUACGAGUACGACCCGUGCGACUGGAAGGGAAACAGGAAGAAAACGAAGCUGCUGAACGAAACUUCUUUCGUCGCCGUGCGGUCGUUGUUGAGGGGCUCAGAAUGGGGCCUACGCGUGUUACGCGAGAUUCUUUUCUCUGGGCAAUGUCUGUAGUAUAUCUUAGUGCAUUUGCGUCCAUUUAUCAUCAAAUGCCCGGGCUCUAUGGGGAUCAUGGAGUCUUGCCAGUAAGAUCGGUGAUUCCUAUAGACAGCCACACCAGACCACCUCAAGAAUUGGCCCAACGAGCUGCUGAGAGGCCUUCCUUAAUAUGGCUGGCACCAAACUUCGGCCUCAAGGUGGCCACCAUGGCCGAGUUUCUGGCAUUCCUAGGCAUUGUCAUGUCCUUCAUGGCCUGCGUGUCAUCACGCUUCAGAGACUGCAUCAACUUUGCACUCCUUUGGAUACUCUAUUUCUCAAUUUACCAGGUUGGCCAAGUGUUCAUGUGGUUUCAGUGGGACAUCCUGCUGCUGGAAGCUGGUUUCCUGUGCAUACUGGUGGCGCCACUAGGCAUUGUCCACCGGACACUAGGGCUGAACUCGAGCUGGCGUCUGCCACACCGGCCGCAUGAUGAGGUCAGCCUAUGGCUCGUACGAUGGCUCCUGUUCCGAUUCAUGUUUGCUUCCGGGGUGGUCAAGCUCACCAGCGGUUGUCCUACCUGGUGGGGACUCACAGCGCUCAAUCACCAUUUCCAAAGCCAGUGCAUACCAACACCCAUUGCAUGGUACUUCCACCACCUUCCCGACUGGAUUCUCCAGCUUGGGGUGGUCUUCACGUUUGUGAUUGAAAUAGCCAUCCCACUCCUGUUCUUCGUCCCGGUGCGCCCUCUAAGGAUAUUCUGCUUCUACAGCCAGGUUUUUCUGCAGAUGAUGAUAAUUGCCACUGGCAACUACAACUUCUUCAAUCUUCUUACUAUGACCCUGUGCCUGUCACUGGUCGACGAUGAGCAGCUACUCGGUAAUGCUAGAAGGAGCAGUUCAGGCAAGUCUGGCCACUUCCGCCCUUUGGCCAGAACUGUUGCAUUGGCGGUGUACUGUGGUCUUGUGUACGGAACCAUCAAGUUGUUCCACCUGCAGCUUGACGACAGCUGGGCGGUGAGAUCAAAAGUCGCCUUCAACAAAGAAAAGCUUAACCAGUUCCUUCGCACCGCAGUGCCUCUUAUGGUGUGGGUCGGAGGUGCAUCUCUGGCUUAUCACAUUUUGAUGGCUCUGUACAGGUCAAUUGUGAAAGAAAGAAGUGUCCUGAGUAAAAUCUUCUCGACGUUGGGAACUAUUUUCAUGGGAACAGCAGCUGUGUGGGUCUUCUGCAUUUCUCUGGUCCCACUCUCGGAACUGGACCCUGGCUUCAACAGAAAACUCUGGCCCACGAUUCGGAGCUGGCAUUACAAGGUUGAGCCGUUCCACCUGACAAGUUCAUAUGGGCUCUUCAGAAUCAUGACAGGUGUUGGAGGGCGACCAGAGCUUGUCCUGGAAGGAAGUGACGACCCAAAUGGCCCAUGGGUGGAGCUGCCAUUCCUGUACAAACCUGGAGACGUGAACCGCCCACCACCAAUUAUCAUCCCACACCAGCCUAGGCUUGACUGGCAGAUGUGGUUUGCUGCACUGGGUGACUACAGGCAAAACCCUUGGUUGCUGAGCCUGGUUUACCGUUUGCUCAACAAUGAUGCAUCAGCGCUGCGCUUGAUGAACUUGGAGCGGUACCCCUUCACCCGCCAGCCUCCCACAUACAUUCGUGCCACGCUGUACAAGUACUGGUUCACCAAAAUGGACACCAGCAGUGGGCGUGCCUGGUGGUACCGUGGCAGUCCCAAGGAAUAUCUGCCCCCAGUCCACAAGAAGCAGCCUUUCCUCAGGGAAUUCCUUCAAGAGCAUGGGAUUCCCAUGGAUGCACCUAAAACAAAGUCCACAAACAAGUUCCUUAUAUACAUCCUCAAGCACUCGAGGAAGUUUGCAGAGAAGAUGUCGCCAACAUUGUACAUCUGGUCGCUCAUCUCUACGUCGUUGGUGCUCAACGCUGUCCGAGGCAUGUUUUGACCCGGCCAGCCCAAAAUGUGAAUUUCAGUAUAGCCUACACUUUGUGAAAGGCGCAAGAGUUUGGCAGAUGUGUGCACAGGGAAACCACGUGUCUCCUUGAGUGUUUUAACAUUUGCACAUCAUGUAAAGUACUCGUUAUCAUGUGUGUUGGAACUGGUGAGGUUUUGACAGAUUGUCUACACUGUCCACAGCUCUUGCCUGACCAUAUAUUCAGAUUUAUGUGUGGCCUAACAGGAUGCCCAAAUUUUCCCAAUUAUGCAUUGUAGUUUCGAACUUCCAGUGGCUGCAAUCCUCCAUUUGUUUUGUCUACAAAAUUAUUCAGCUAACUGAGUAUAAGCUGUUUAAUGAUCACUUGCAAUGUACAUUAGAGAACUUCCCUUGCGAAACUACUGUGUCCACCUGCUUUUGUUAAAGUAGUCACAACUUGUAUUGUAUCAUUUCACAUGCUAACUGCUAACAUGCUAACUGCUGACUGAAGCAGUAUUUCUUAUGUGGCAUUAAUCAGUCAAGACAGCCUCUACAAGAACAAGCGUUUGCCCCUAAAAAGGGGAGUACUGUGUAGAGAAAAUUGUGGUGGUCGAUAAAUAUGGGGAUAAAGAUUUCAGUACUGCUCAUGAGGAUUUUCGUGUGUGAUUUUGUUUGCCAAGUCAUGAAGGUUUGUAUGUAAUCAUGGUGCGAGUGUUAGGCUAGAGCCUUUGCCUUAUUGCUGUUUCCAAGGGCCAGGAGGCAUUGCAUUUGUCAUGCGAGUUUUAAACCCCACUAAGUGAAAGCAAUAGGGAUCUGAUAUGCUUGUUUCUCUGGUGCCAUAUGGAAGAGGAUGUAAAGGGUGUGAUGUCUCGACUGAAAGGCCAGCGUCUGGCUUACUUCGAGAGCAUGCAAAGUGAUACCAGCACUGGUUCUGCGACAUGGAGGGACAGCCUCUGGUUGCUCCCGAAUAGUGCAGAGAAAGAUGACGGUGUCUGCAACUAACUUAAGUGUUUGUGGAGUGUAAUACAUCGCAAUGAAGUGAAGGGCAAGCAUUUCAAAACCUAGGAAUGUUAAGGUUUUGAACAUGAUGAAAUUGCCUCUAGGAAUGCUACAUGUGUAGCACAGGCAGAAGAACUCGUCUUGUAGGACAGGUCCAUGUUAAGAGAUACCUUGUGCUGCCUCGGGGAGAGAAGGGAGGCAACGUGUUAAACACAGGCACGAUGGCUUGCACUGAAAGAGAAUGAUAUACAAGAGGCUUCUUAACGCUUCACAGAAUUAUCAACUUUCAGCUUAAAUGUGCAACACGCAUUGUGUGUUAAUACGGUACAUCGAAACAUACAACCACCCCUAUUCGGCGUUCCGUUGCUACAAGCCUGGUUAUUUGAAUGUUGUUCGCUUGGCUUCCGUGUAAGACCGGAAUUCUGUGUAAUUGUUGUACCGUUUGUAAAGGGAACACUACUCUGCAGCUGCUGCACAUAGUAUUAGCACUAGUAUCAAAUACAGUACAAUUCGGCCACUUUGUGCAUUUCUCAUUAACAUCUGUAACAGGCUGCUACUUAUCAGAGCACUUCUUGUGCAGUUUAGAAGUUUGAUUGCAUGCUUUUUCUACCUUGUGAUGAGAAAUAGAAAGACGUGAUCAUGGCUGUUACCUUCACUACAAGGCGCCAUAACUAGUCGCAUAAUCUCAUUAGCCUAGUCUCAAUACCAUAAGAUCUUGUUAUUGUGUCAUGAUCAGUUGGUAAAUGUUUACAUGUAUUCAUCACUGCAGGUUCAGACUGCCUAUUAUUCAGCAACAUACACUAUAUUGUAUUUUCAUUUUGUACUGUUUUUGUAAGCAAAUAAAAAAAUUUCACAGGAAAAGGACAAUGUUGUGCCUUCAGAUUACUUUCUGUAAGAAGUUGCAAAGCUACAUAUAUGCAGUCAACGCUAGAGGCUUGGGAAAGUUGGUAAUUCAUGGCAAAACAAGCACAGUGCAGAUGACGAUGCAGAAAGACGUGCAAACAUGGUGCUGACUUCCAACAAUGUUUAUUGGCGAUGCAAAGACAAACACUGUAGAACUUUGGUGAUAAGAUCCUGUUUGUGCCAUUUCUCGGUGCCAAUGUUCACGAUCAAGGUCGCAAAAAAUGACCAGAUACAGUUGCGCUUCUCACCCGCCGUGGUUGCUCAGUGGCUAUGGUGUUGGGCUGCUGAGCACUAGGUCGCGGGAUCGAAUCCCGGCCACGGCGGCCGCAUUUCGAUGGGGGCGAAAUGCGAAAACACCCGUGUACUUAGAUUUAGGUGCACGUUAAAGAACCCCAGGUGGUCGAAAUUUCUGGAGUCCUCCACUAGGGCGUGCCUCAUAAUCGGAAAGUGGUUUUGGCACGUAAAACCCCGUAAUUUAAUUUUUUUUGGUUGCGCUUCUUUUUUACUGGUUAAUACAUUCCCAGAAAAGACUAUAUUUUGGCACCGACAUUCAAUUCAUCGCCAAACUAUGAUCGUAUGAAGUUUUCUGGCCACUAGAUCCCACGUGGACAAGAAAAGACACGAGGCACGCGCGAUUUAGAGUAGUAGGCACCUGCCACGGCAGCUUCCCCGUAGUACUCGCCCACCUGCGUCAUGUUAAUGUGCCAGCACGCGCCGUUUUCCUUUUACAGUACCACCAGUUCCUCUUGAAGGUCGUCACAUUCACAGCUAUCAUUGCAAGCCCUAUUGCAAUAAGCAUCUUCACUUGUCUAUUUCACAGCGAGAGUGGUAUAGUGUCGUUGAAAGUGUACUGCACACGUUUAAUAGGCGAUAGCCCAAAUGAGCCGGCAUUCCCUGCUGCAAGUGGCAUGACGCGAGCCUCACGAUUCCACUACUGUGCUGAUUGAGUGUAGCAUUGAUGGUUCAUCCACUUCACUUUGUCAUUUAAUCUGUAUAAUUGCUAUCGCAAUAAAAUCUUUUUCUUCUUCUUU